AUGCAGAGGGCGUCACUGGAGGAGAACUGCCUGUUCCACGCACCUGGGAAGCCUUCUGCCCAGGAGGAGGUGGGAAAGGACUUCCCAGGCACGCUGAGUCUGUUCCAGCCCCCGGAUACUCCCAGCUGUGAGAAGCCAAACAUAGUCACUGGGGACAGGGAGUCCUUUCACACUGGAACAAGCCUUUGCAAGUGGGGUGAAUAUAAGAAAGCUAGCCACAAACAUGCUCUUUUUCACCACCCAAGAGUCUAUGCUGGAAAAAGGCUUUAUGAAUCUCCAAAAUGUGGAAAACCCUACCGUUGCAAGUACUCACCGAGUCAGCUCCAGAAGGUCCCCAUCGGAGAAAGGCCUUAUGAAUGCAGUGAAUGUGGAAAAUCUUUUAGCCAAACAUCUCACUUGAAUGACCAUCAGAGAAUCCACACUGGAGAGAGGCCUUAUGAGUGUGGCCAGUGUGGGAAGUCAUUUAGCCAAAGAGCUACUCUCAUUAAACAUCACAGAGUCCACACUGGAGAGAGGCCUUACGAGUGUGGCCAGUGCGGGAAAUCCUUUAGCCAAAGUUCCAAUCUCAUUGAGCACUGUAGAGUCCACACCGGUGAAAGACCUUAUGAGUGUGACGAAUGUGGGAAAGCCUUUGGUUCCAAAUCCACUCUUGUUCGGCACCAAAGGAUUCAUACAGGGGAAAAGCCUUACGAAUGUGCUGAAUGUGGAAAAUUGUUUACACAAAGUCACAGUCUGCUUGAACACCGGCUAAUUCACACUGGAGCAAGGCCUUAUGAGUGUGGCCAAUGUGGGAAGUCCUUUAGUCUCAAAUAUGGCCUCCUCCAGCACCAGCUGAUUCACAGUGGAGCUACGCCUUUUGAGUGUGACCACUGUGGGAAAUCAUUUAGCCAAAGAGCCACCCUCAAUAAGCACUACAAAGUUCACACUGCAGAAAGGCCUUAUGAGUGUGAGGAAUGCGGGAAAGCUUUCAUGUUCAAGUCCAAACUCGUUCGACACCACAGAACUCACACGGGAGAAAGGCCUUUUGAGUGCAGUGAAUGUGGGAAAUUUUUUAGGCAAAGCUAUACUCUUGUGGAGCACCAGAAAAUUCACACCGGAUUAAGGCCUUAUGAAUGUGGGCAGUGUGGGAAAUCCUUUAUUCAAAAGUCUGGCCUUGUCCAACACCAGGUAGUUCACACUGGAGAAAGGCCUUACGAGUGUGGCCGAUGUGGGAAGUCCUUUACCCAACAUUCUGGCCUCAUUCUCCACCGAAAAUCUCACAGCAUGGAGAGGCCAUGUGAAAGCAAGAGGGGUAAAGUCUUGAGUCCCAAAGCUAACAUCGUCUAGCUCCUAAAAAUUCAUAUUUGAAAAAGGCUUAGACACGCAGCAUAUGUGCCAUUUGUGUUAUUAUUUUUGUGGCACAAAUAGCUUUUCUGAUAUAGCCAUCGGUUUGAAGUUGAACUCCACACUUCCAAACAGCC